AUGCCAGGCUGCACUGGUAUCCUGCGCCUCCUCUUGUUAGGAAUACUUCUGCCAUCAGUAUUAGUGUCCUCUGCUUCUACCGUCGCUUCUUCCACUGAUGGCCCCGCAACAACAGCCGCAGCCACUACCACAGGCCCAGCAACCCCCAUCACUGGAAGCACAGCAGCCAGCACCGCCUCACAGUCUCCAGCUUCAACCACCUCCGGGGCCACAACCAAUCCUACAAUGACCACAUCUUCCACUGCGGCCCCAACAACCACCACCACAGCAGCCUUGACCACCCAGUCCACCACCUCUACCACCUUAGGAGGUACAGCAAUGACCACCACUACCCAGUCACUGACAACCACAACAACCUCUGGAGGCUCAGCAUCCACCACCAUCACCCAGUCACCCACAAUCACCUCCGGAGGCUCAGCAUCUACCACUACCACCCAGACUCCUACAACCACCUCUGGAGGCUCAGAAUCAACCGCCCAAUCUCCCACAGCCACCUCCAGAGGCUCACUAUCCACCACCCAGUCCCCCACAACCACUACCACCUCCGGAGAAACAACAAUCACCACCACCACUCACUCUACCGCAGCCACCUCCGGAGUCUCAGUAUCCACCACCAAGUCCCCCACAACCACAGCAAUCAUCACCAACACCCAGUAUAGAACCACUGCAUCUUCACCCCCUAUCACCUCUAAUUCAGUCAGUGCUACUAAUUUAGGAAUCAUUUCUACCCCCUCUACAGUUGGAACCAUGACCCAGUCCAGCACCACCAUGACAGCCACAGGUUCAACCACCGCAUCUACAGGCUCUGGUUCCUCAACCAGCCAAAUGAUGUCCACCAGUCAGUCAUCAAUCUCCACUGGUGGUGCGAAUGGAACCACAAUUUAUUCUUCAAUGAGCAUGAUAUGCCCCUCAUUCACCUGUAACUACUCAGACUGCUACACAAUGUACACCAGUCAGAAUGCCACUUCAUGUGCUGACUACUGCCAGCUGUUAAGACAGACGGACAUGUGGUACAAUGUUAGCUGCAGCGCCUCCUGUGCUGUUAGCUGUGGCAACACCACUCAGAACAAUUGCUCUAUAAACUGCUGCAAUUCAACUGGCUGCCUCAAUGGCAGUUUUGCAACCAUGAUGAUGACAACAACAACAGCAACCACAGCUUCCCAAAUAUGCUCCUCCUCACAGCUACACUGUCAGCUGAGAAAGGAGACCGUAAAUUCCGUCGAGCAGUGGCAAGCAGGUUGCACCACCAACUGUUCUAGCCAAACCCCAUGCAAGGACUCAACACAACCUCCGUGUAAUUUAGAGUGCUGCAACGCCACUAUGACCUCCUGCCUAUGGUUGAAUGGCACAUUGAAUGUCCCCUCUUUCGCCACAAGAGGUCCUCAUCUUAACACAGAAUUGAUUGCUUCCUUACUUUGCCUGCUGGCCAUCACCUUGCUGCUGUGAGUGACUGAAUACCAGCUUGCUCAUCUGCUGUGUGGGUCAUUAGGUAACCAGAGCUUUGUGUAACUCCAAUUCCCUCCAGGAAAAAAAAAGCUUAGCAGUGCAGAGAUUAACACUCAUUUACACCGAUUUAUCUCUCUGAUAUUCAUAUGUGGUUGUACUGUAUAUAUGUAUGGAAUUAUGUAAAGCCUCAGUUAUAAUGUUGAUUUUGUUUCUUGUUUUGUUAAAAUAUCCCAUCAUGUUUUAUUUCUGGUUCAAGACCAAUGAAAAAUGUCUUUGAACUGUAUCUUUUAAUGAAAAUCAUCUCUGUCAAAACAUGCCAGAAGGAACUCAAUCUUCAUAUCAUUUCACAUUAAGCAAAUCACCUUUAUAAUUAUAUAUAAUUAUAAUUAACAAAAUGAUAUAUUGAAAUGAACUUGGAGUGAAGUUUUAAGAUAUAAUUUGAAUUGCUGGACAUGUCGUAAUUUGUUUUAGCCAUGACCUUGCCCAUAACUGUAAUUGAAUUCAGGUACUGUCUUCUUAAAGAAAGCCAAAAACAGUUUUUGUUUGUGCCUUCCCACUUUAAACUGAUUGUAGGCUAAUUUUAAUUUUGGAAUGGGUGAGUGAGCCUAAACACAACAUUGUUGUUAACAUAGUUAUGUUUUAAUUACCAUAACCUCUCCUUAUAGAUUUAUCAUUUUCUCAAGCCAUUGUGAGAGUGACACAGCUAUGACUCUAUAUGCACUUUAUGAAACACAUGACUAAUAUUUUUGUGAAUCGUGAUUUAGAUGUCUAUGUGUGGUUU